CCGCAAAACUCUUCUUUUUAGGUCUCAGCAUAUCGUCGUCUCUCUCUAGAAAACACAACACAGCUUAUAUUUCUCUCUCUAGAAUCUUCUCUCUUUGCGAUGGCUUCAACGCGUGAGGGCCACUAUAGAGGAGUGAGGAAGCGCCCAUGGGGCCGGUAUGCGGCGGAGAUACGUGACCCGUGGAAGAAAACCCGGGUUUGGUUGGGCACUUUUGACACCCCUGAGGAAGCUGCGCUAGCUUACGACGGCGCCGCCAGGUCCCUCCGCGGUACAAAGGCGAAGACCAACUUUCCGGUCGCGCCGCUUGGUCAUCACUUGGAUCUCAACCUUCCUUCAGAUCAUCGGUGGGUCUCUCCGUCAGGCACUCUUGUGAUAAAUGACUUCCUCCGGACUGGAGUGCUCAAAGAUGCGAGUUUCAAGGCUGGCGAUAAUAGCUCAUCUCCAGUGGGCAAUGGCGGGCACGUAGCCACCUCAUCUGGGCCUCCGGUGUUGGAAGGCGACGGUCCCGUGAAAUAUUUUGGGAUUGCGAGACGUGGGUUGCCCAUUGACUUGAACGAGCCUCCACCCUUGUGGAUGUAACUAGGUAUUUUACUAAAGGUGUUACACAAUGCACCGGCAAGGUUCUGUAUUUAACAUUUUCCGGCGAUGUUGAUGUUUUCAAGAAGUUGCUUAUAGUUUUCUUGGACUUAUGGAAAAGAUCACUAUGAGAAUCUAGUAUGUAUGUGUAUAUCUCAUCUUCAAGCUUGAUCGUUAUUAAUUAUGUUGAAAUUUAUCCAUUCGAGUGGUUC